AAAAAAAAAAGAUGAAGAUGCUUAAAUGCCUCCUGCCAAAAGUAAAGAGCGAAUCUCAGUUGCAAUGGCUCUGCUAAAACUUGAUCAUGCGGGAUUUCAAGCGAUAAAGAGCUGCCGGGCUGCUAUUUACUGCGGUGGGAACAAGUUGCAGGAUGAAAUCCGGGCGUUAAGGGACCUGUUUUCCACUUCGCUGUUUGCAAAGGAAUCUACUGAAAUGACUUUGAGGAUCUUUAAACUGGAACUAUGUGGAGGGAGAAUGCACCCCCCCUUGCCUGUCUCCCUGUCCACGUAGCUGCCCUCCCAGGAUGCCAUGUCGCUCGCAGGCUGCGGCGGGGAUCACGCGUGCGGCCAGCGGCGCGGAGGCCAGCCCUGAGCCCGGGCAGCGAGGGCCGCGACAUGCCCGCGGUCGCGACAUGUCCUGCAGCGACACCGACAGCAGCACCGGCACCUCCGGCAGCCGCCGCCGCUCCGUCUCCUGAGGCGCUGGGGGAUAAAGCUGGCAAAGAUGAGGAAAAUUGGCUGUGCUCUCCUGGUACUCCAAGCUCUUCUGGCACCUUUGGAUCUUGUUCGUGGAGCAGAGAAAAAUUAUCCCAUCCUGAACAUUGCAGUGAUUCUGGGAAGGACCAAGCACAUAACAGAGAGAGAUAUCAGAGCUCUCUGGACCAGGGAAAUGUCAGCAGACCUGACUGUUGAUAUCAAUGUCGUGACUCUUCUUGUGAACCAGACUGACCCUAAGAGCAUCAUAACGCAUGUUUGUGACUUGAUGUCAGGCACCAAGAUCCAUGGAGUGGUUUUUGGAGAUGACACUGAUCAGGAGGCAGUAGCUCAGAUUUUGGAUUUUAUUUCAUCUCAGACUUCUAUUCCAAUUCUUGGAAUUCAUGGCGGGGCCUCCAUGAUAAUGGCAGAUAAGGAUGUCAUGUCCACGUUCUUCCAGUUUGGGGCUUCCAUCCAGCAAGAAGCCAUUAUCAUGCUGAAGAUCAUGCAGGAUUAUGACUGGCACGUGUUCUCUCUGGUGACCACCACUUUCCCUGGAUAUCGAGAUUUCAUCAAUGUCAUUAAGACCACUGUGGAAAACAGCUUUGUGGGCUGGGACAUGCAGAACGUCAUCAUACUCGAUACUGCCUUUGGAGAUGAUGCCAAGACCCAAAUCCAGCUGAAGAAGAUCCAUUCAUCUGUCAUCCUGCUGUAUUGUUCCAAGGAUGAAGCUGUCUACAUCCUGGAUGAGGCUCGCUCCCUGGGCCUCACUGGCUAUGAUUUCUUUUGGAUAGUUCCCAGCCUGGUUAGUGGUAACACAGAAAUCACUCCCAAGGAGUUUCCUUCAGGACUCAUUUCAGCAGCUUAUGAUGAGUGGGACUACAGUUUAGAAGCUCGGGUCCGGGAUGGCCUGGGGGUCAUUGCCACUGCUGCCUCAGCCAUGCUGGACAAGUACUCCUUCCUUCCUGAGGCACGGACCAGCUGCUACGGACAGCUGGAGAAAAACGACCGGCCCUCUCAAACCUUGCACAAGUUUAUGAUGAAUGUGACGUGGGAAGGCAGAGAUCUGUCCUUCACAGCAGACGGGUACCAGGCGCACCCCAGGCUGGUGGUGAUCGUGCUGAACAACGAGCGCGAGUGGGAGAAGGUGGGCAAGUGGGAGAACAACUCGCUGAGCCUCAAGUACUCGGUGUGGCCGAGGUUCAGCUCCUUCGCCGACAGCGACCCCGACGACAACCACCUGAGCAUUGUCACCCUGGAGGAGGCUCCCUUCGUCAUCGUGGAGGAUGUGGAUCCCCUCAUGGAGAGCUGCCAAAAAAACACUGUGCCCUGCCGGAAAUUUGUCAAACUUAACAACAAAACUAAUGAGGGAACGAACGUAAAGAAGUGCUGCAAAGGAUUCUGCAUCGAUAUCUUGAAGAAGUUGUCUAAAACUGUCAAGUUCACAUAUGACCUGUACUUGGUGACGAAUGGGAAGCAUGGCAAAAAAGUCAAUAACGUGUGGAACGGGAUGAUCGGUGAAGUGGUGUACCACCGGGCAGUGAUGGCCGUGGGCUCGCUCACCAUCAACGAGGAGCGCUCGGAAGUCGUUGACUUUUCGGUGCCGUUUGUGGAGACGGGGAUCAGUGUCAUGGUGUCACGGAGCAACGGCACAGUGUCACCGUCUGCUUUCCUAGAGCCUUUUAGUGCUUCUGUCUGGGUGAUGAUGUUUGUGAUGCUUCUCAUCGUGUCUGCCAUGGCUGUCUUUAUAUUUGAGUACUUUAGUCCUGUAGGAUACAACAGGAACUUAGCACAAGGGAGAGAUCCCCAUGGGCCAUCCUUCACCAUUGGGAAGGCAGUGUGGCUGCUGUGGGGCUUGGUCUUCAACAACUCUGUGCCUGUGCAGAACCCCAAGGGCACCACGAGCAAGAUCAUGGUGUCAGUCUGGGCUUUCUUUGCUGUCAUCUUCCUGGCCAGCUACACUGCCAACUUAGCUGCCUUCAUGAUUCAGGAGGAAUUUGUUGACCAAGUGACUGGGCUGAGUGAUAAGAAGUUUCAAAGGCCACAUGAUUAUUCACCUCCUUUUCGGUUUGGGACAGUCCCAAAUGGAAGCACUGAGAGGAAUAUCCGGAACAACUACCCUGACAUGCACCUCUACAUGACCAAGUUUAACCAGAAGGGAGUUGAGGAUGCCUUGGUCAGCUUGAAAACUGGGAAGUUGGAUGCUUUCAUCUAUGAUGCAGCAGUGCUGAAUUACAAGGCUGGAAGAGAUGAAGGUUGCAAACUUGUCACAAUAGGCAGUGGGUACAUCUUUGCCACUACUGGCUAUGGGAUUGCUCUCCAGAAAGGAUCGCCUUGGAAGAGACAAAUUGAUCUCGCCCUCCUCCAGUUUGUGGGAGAUGGGGAAAUGGAAGAGUUAGAAACCCUGUGGCUGACUGGUAUUUGUCACAACGAGAAGAACGAAGUCAUGAGCAGCCAGCUGGACAUCGACAACAUGGCAGGAGUGUUCUACAUGCUCGCAGCAGCCAUGGCACUCAGCUUAAUAACCUUUGUCUGGGAGCACUUAUUUUACUGGAAACUCAGAUUCUGCUUCACUGGAGUCUGCUCAGAUAGGCCAGGAUUGCUGUUCUCAAUCAGCAGGGGUAUUUACAGUUGCAUUCAUGGAGUACACAUUGAAGAGAAGAAGAAGUCUCCUGACUUUUCUUUGACCAAUUCACAAACCAACAUGUUAAAGCUGCUGCGAACAGCGAAAAACAUGACCAAUAUCAACCCUUCAAGAAUUGACUCCCCCAAAAGAACAGCUGAUUUUAUUCAGAGGGGUUCUUUGAUUAUGGACAUGGUCAUGGAUAAGGGAAACUUGGUAUUUUCUGAUAACAGAUCCUUUCAGACAAAGGACAACUUUUUUGGUGACAACAUAAGUGAACUGCAGACACUUCCUGGCAAUCGACACAAGGACAACCUGAACAAUUAUGUUUUUCAAGGGCAGCAUCCUCUCACACUGAAUGAAUCCAAUCCAAAUACAGUAGAGGUUGCAGUAACAACAGAAGCAAAAGCGAACUCCCGACCCAGGCAGCUUUGGAUGAAAUCUGUUGAAUCUUUACGCCAAGAUUCUGUACGUCAGGGCCAAGGUUCCCAGAGGGAAAACGGGUCUGAGGAAAACAGGCAGCUUUCAUUGAAAAGCCAAAGAUACCUUCCUGAAGAGAUUGUUCAUUCAGAUGUCUCAGAGACAUCAAGCAGAGCUACUUGCCACAUGGAAGCUGAAAACAACAACAAGCACCACAAAACCAAGGACAAUUUUAAAAAAAGGACAGUAGCAUCAAAAUACCCAAAAGACACUAGUGAUGUGGAACUGACAUAUCUGAAAACCAAACAGGGCUCUCCACGGGAUAAAAUCUACACGAUUGACGCUGACAAGGAGCCAGGAUUCCGCUUGGACACACCUCAGUACAUCGAAAACAUUGUCCUUCCAGAACCUGUAGAGCUUCCUGAUGUUUACCAAGAUCACAACGACAACUACAGGAAAGCCGAGCAUGCCAACAGGACUCCAUCACAUAAUGAAGACAGUCUUCCAAAUAAUGACCAGUUUAAACUCUAUGGAAAGCACUACACUCUCAAAGAAAAAAAUACUUCCCUAGGUGACAUGAACGAUAGGUUCAGGCAGAAUUCCACGCACUGCAGGAGCUGUCUCUCCAACAUGCCCACCUACGCGGGGCACUACUCGACCAGAUCUCCCUAUAAAUGCGAUGCGUGCUUGCGGAUGGGGAACCUCUAUGACAUUGAGGAAGAUCAGAUGCUGCAGGACACAACGAACUUAUCACUUCCUGAAGAAAUAUAUGAGCGUACUUGGUCACAAAGUAGUGCUCUGCAAUAUUCUAAAAAGAAUAAACUGAGGAUUAGCAGGCAACACUCUUUUGAUAAUAUCGCUGAUAAGUCCAGGGAAAUUGAUAUUGGAAGACCUUCUCGUAGUAUAAGCUUGAAAGAAAGAGAGAAAUUUCUUCAAAGCAGUCCAUAUGCAAGCAUGUUUAGUGUUCCCUCAAGCAAACUGUUGGGCAACAAGGCCUCACUUUUAACCCAUGCUCUGGAGGACAGUAAGAGGAGCAAGUCCCUGUACGCUGUUCACUCGGAUGAUAACCCUUUCCUGCACUCCUAUCGUGAUGACCAGCAUUUAUCUCUUAGGCAAAGUCCAGCUGAUCUUUAUAAACAUUCAUUGCCAACAAGAGGAAGAAAUGAUAAUUAUUUAAGGUCAUCCAUACAGUCUACAGCAUCAUACUCUUCCAGGGAUGGUCGGAUCCAUAAUGACAUGUACAUUUCAGAGCAUGUUUUGCCUUACGUUGCAAAUAGGAAUAGCUUGUACUCAACUCCAAGGUUUUUAAAUUCCUGUAGCAAUACACGUGUGUAUAAGAAAAGGCCUAGCAUUGAAUCAGAUGUUUAAAUUUUCCAUGAACACUUUAUCUAUAGGGAAAGAAUAGUUGCCACCAUCUUAGAGGGAGAAUUUUUCCUUUAACAGUAUCCUGCUCUGGUAAAUGAUACGUAAACCUCUCCCUUUCCCAAUGUACUUUUGUACAUGAAUAGGUAAACUGGUAUGCUCUGAUCUAUCCUUUUAAAAUAUGUCUUGUUAAAAAGGAUAAAAAUAGCCAUUUAUGUGUGCUUUAUAUAUAAAUGGCAAGUUGUACUGAAAUAGCCCCAAUAUAUGUUGGCAACUAUGCUGUUUUGUACCUAAUUAUUUUACUAUUUUGGUUAUUCUAAUUUAUGUUGCUAAGUAUCAUUCAAUGUACUUUUGUCCUUAGAAAUGUUUAAUGAUUUUCUAGUACUGGAUAAGCAAUAUGGUAUGCAUGUAGUAUGACACAGACAACAAGAAAUAGGGAUGCAUUUGCACAGAUUCAAAAGUAAAAGAGAAAAGAAAGCUAAGACUUCCAAAAAUAUAUUUUAGCUUCAUAAUCAUUUUCAAAGCCAAAAAAUUUUAAAAAAUCCCCAAACCCCAGGACCUUAAUAAAUAAAAUACAGUGUGUUAGCACAAAAAUUAGGAUGUUCCUUCUAGACUGACAGACAGUAGAUGGGAAGGCAGUAACCCCAAACAUGUGAACUGCUGUGUACCAAAAGGAAGCCCCAUAGAUAUUGGUUAAUGUUCAUGUACAAAUGCUUUUCUUAUAUUGCACAUGCACUUACCAUUACAAAGUAAGUUCAUUUAAAAGUUUGCAUUAAUCUUGUCAGAAAUUUCACAGCUGCCUAAUCCAGAGUAUAUAUUUUUAGAUAUCACUAUAUGGCACUUACUAUGGAGCUGUGGACUUUAUUAGUAACCUUGAGGCCUAAUGUGUACGUAAGUUUGCAUUUGCCCCUUACUGGUGAUUACUCAGGGCUGUAUAGUAUUUCUUUUAUUCUUUCACUUCCCAAACCAAAUCCCAACCCACUGUAGUUCUUUGUUCAUAGUGUAUUAGUGACAACUAAUUAAUUGUAUAUUAAUAGUACUAAAGCUGUUAAUACAGUAUCAAACACCGACAGCCAUAAGUUCAGUGUGGUCAGUGAGGAGUGUGGUACCAUUUAUUUCCAUACACAGAGAAGGAUUAACACCUUUGAAAGGACUUCUUCCUUCCACAAUAUUGUGCAUAUUUGUUGAACAUCAGACCAUUUUUCUAACCUCUCCAACCAAGUCUGUUGUAUAAAAUGAAUAUAUGCACAUGUAACUAAGAAACAGUAACUUUAUUAUCACUUACUGAUACGCAAAGGUAUUCACAUAACAGGGAUGGAUUGUUAUAUGACUUUUCCUUCUAUAGAUGUCAGAUUAUUUCACAAAUAAAAUGUCUGCUACACACCCCCCCAUACCCUCACUGGAAUAGAAAAACCCCACUAGAUUUUAACCAUAAGGGAGCAUGAAAGGGAAGAGACGAAGCCUUUCAGGAGAAGAGUGUACAGCUGCAAAUUUAAUUUCAACUAAAGAAGUAAAUACAAUUAUUAAUACAUUUAACUACUGAAAGUGUUCCAGAGGCGGUGCUCUCCCAUUUUCCUGCUACUCUGAGAAUUGCUUUAGGAUUUUUGUGUAGACAAAAUUUAGAUUAUUCAAGCAUUAUUCCCUCCAUUUCACUGACGAACGGUGAGCAGGGAAACCAUUACCACUGUGAAUUGGAAAAUGUGAAUAUUAUCCUAACUUUUCUCUAAACUGAAACUCUUUUUAGCAGAAUCGUGCCUGUCAGCUGUAAUUGAAGCAUCUGCAUGCCAGAGGUGCAGUAUGCAAGGUGUUUAAUUUAGAACAGCAUACUGCAGAGCAGAGUGCAAAUGGGAGAUAAUAUAAAUGGGAGAUGUGUAGGGAUAGUCAAAAUAAAGUUUCUUGAAUUUUGUUUACAGAUUUUUUUUUUUUAUUAAACAGAUUUAAACUGACUUUGGCUAUCAAAGUCCAGAAUGAGUUCUUGGUAUUUGCAAAUGAAUUUGUACCUUCACCAUGAUGGUGAAGGAUGAUAUUUUUAAAGGAAUGAAAUGUAAUCAGAUUUGGGCUUCCAAGUCUCUUUCCAGCUUCCAAAAAUCUCAGUAUACUUUAUUAUAAGUAUGAUCAGAAAGCAUAUCUAUGGGUAUCUCUAUGCUGU